AUGCUCCCUGAGGAAUUUCUUUCUGAUCAAGAACUCAUAGAAGAUGCUUUGGCAGAAAAACUGCCUAGUUGGUCAUUGAAUGAGUUUAUUGUCCAACUAAUAACAGAGACGCAGAUUGAAAUUCAGCCAGGUGAUGCUUGUCUGUUCAUAAAUGGACUUCGUGUGGAUAUGAUGUGCUUAUGAUCCUUUAGAAUUUUGGAUAUGCUGAGACUAGAAGGAAAAAUGAUGAAUGGCCUUCACAAUCUUGGGAUCAGCAAAGAAGAUAUGAGCAAAUUUUUAAAAUUAAAUCCCAUGGUUUGGGACCAUACCUAUGCAUUAGAUAUUAGGCAUUCUUCUAUAAUGUGGAUCAAUGACCUAGAAAAUGAUGAUCUGUACAUUACAUGGCCUACAAGUUGCCAGGAGCUUCUAAAGCCAGUGUUCCCUGGAACUGUACCUUCCAUAAGGCGUAAUUUUCAUAAUUUGGUUCUGUUUAUUGAUCCUGCCCAAGAAUAUACCUUGGACUUUAUAAAACUUGCUGAACUUCUCUAUUAUCACAAAAUUCCUCUUAGAAUUGGUUUUGUGUUCGUUGUUAACACAGAUGAUGAAGUUGAUGGAGCAGAUGAUGUCGGUGUCGCUCUUUGGCGAGCUUUCAACUAUAUUGCAGAAGAACAGGAUGUGUCACAAGCGUUUCUUUCUGUAGUACAUAUGUACCAAAAAGUGAAGAAUGACAAUAUACUCACUGUGGACAAUGUGAAGAGUGUUCUCCUAAAUGUUUUUCCAGAUGCUAAUAUCUGGGAUAUUUUGGGAAUUCAUUCUAAAUAUGAUAAUGACAGAAAGGUGGGAGCAAGCUUUUAUAAGAUGACUGGCCUGGGUCCUUUGCCUCAAGCUCUUUAUAACGGAGAAUCCUUUAAGCUUGAAGAGCUCAAUAUGAAAGAACUAGAAAUGGCCAUUCUUCGCAGAAUGAUGGACGCGACGGUAUAUUUACAGAGGGACGUUUUUAUGGGUCGAUUAAAUGAUCGAACAAAUGCAGUUGAUUUCCUUAUGGAUAAGAAUAAUGUUGUACCCCGUAUAAAUCCUUUGAUUUUGCAUGCUAAAUGGCAGUACCUUAAUUUAAUAUCCACAUCAGUAACUGCUGAUGUUGAAGAUUUCUCUACGUUCUUUUUCUUGGAUUCGCAAGAUAAGAGUGCUGUAAUAGCAAAGAACAUGUAUUAUUUAACCCAAGAAGAUGAUGAUGUAAUUUCUUCGGUUACUCUCUGGAUUAUUGCUGAUUUUGACAAACCAUCUGGGCGAAAACUACUUUUUAAUGCAUUAAAGCACAUGAAAACAAGUGUUCAUAGUCGGUUGGGAGUUAUUUAUAAUCCUACAUCGAAAAUAAAUGAAGAAAACACCGCUAUUUCUAGAGGAAUUUUGGCAGCUUUUCUUACACAGAAAAACAGCUUUUUGAAAAACUUUCUCAGGAAACUGGCGAAGGAAGAAACUGCUACAGCUAUUUACUCUGGAGAAAAAAUUCACACAUUCCUUACUGAGGGGAUGGAUAAGAACGCUUUUCAGAAAAAAUAUAAUACCAUUGGAGUGAAUAUUUUCCGAACUCAUCAGCUGUUCUGUCAAGAUGUACUUAAAAUUCGUCCUGGAGAAAUAGGUAUUGUCAGCAAUGGGAAAUUCUUAGGACCUUUAGAUGAAAAUUUCUAUACAGAAGAUUUUUACUUCUUGGAAAAGAUAACAUUUACUAAUUUAGUAGAGAAAAUUAAAGGCGUUGUUGAAAAUAUGAAAAUCAGCUCAAAGAACAUGAGUGACCUUAUUAUGAAAGCUGAUGCCCUUAUUUCCUCUUUGCCUAAACGUGAAUCUCGGUAUGAUAUCACAUUUCUUAGAGAGAAUCACAGCAUUAUAAAGAUAAAGCCUCAAGAGAAUGGUAUGUUCUUUGAUGUCAUUGCUAUUGUUGAUCCAUUGACAAGAGAGGCACAGAAGAUGGCCCAGUUAUUGAUUGUACUUGGCAAGAUUAUCAACAUGAAGAUAAAGUUGUUCAUGAACUGUAGGGGUAAGCUUUCAGAAGCCCCUUUAACGAGCUUUUAUCGUUUUGUUCUGGAGCCAGAACUGAUGUUAGUGGGUAAUGACAUUACUGGACCAGUGGCAAAAUUCUUGGAUAUCCCUGAAGCGCCCCUUCUAACCCUCAACAUGAUUACUCCUGAAGGCUGGUUGGUUGAAACAGUACACAGCAAUUGUGACCUUGAUAAUAUUCACCUCAAGGAUAUUGAGAGAACUGUCACCGCAGAAUAUGAGCUGGAAUAUCUACUACUUGAAGGACACUGCUUCGAUACAGUGACAGAACAGCCUCCUCGGGGUCUGCAGUUCACACUAGGCACAAAAAGCAAACCUGUUGUGGUCGAUACAAUAGUGAUGGCCAAUCUCGGAUAUUUUCAAUUAAAAGCAAAUCCAGGUGCUUGGAUACUGAAAUUACGCCAAGGAAAAUCUGAAGAUAUUUAUCAAAUAGUUGGGCAUGAAGGAACUGACUCUCAACCAGACCUGGGAGAUGUCAUUGUUGUGAUAAACAGCUUCAAGAGCAAAAUACUGGAAGUGCAAGUGCAAAAAAAGCCAGACAAAAUUAAGGAAGAUCUCCUAACCGAUAAAGAUGAGAAGAAAAAAGGAAUGUGGGAUUCUAUUAAAAGUUUCACAAGAAGUUUGUAUAAAGAAAAAGAUGAAGCAGACGUUCUAAACAUUUUUUCAGUUGCUUCUGGCCAUUUAUAUGAACGCUUUUUAAGAAUUAUGAUGCUUUCUGUUUUACGUAACACCAAAACACCUGUGAAAUUCUGGUUUCUAAAAAAUUAUCUCUCACCAACAUUUAAAGAGGUGAUUCCUCACAUGGCUGAGGAAUAUGGGUUCCAGUACGAGCUAGUGCAGUAUCAGUGGCCCCGCUGGCUUCACCAGCAGACGGAAAAACAGAGGAUUAUUUGGGGCUACAAAAUUCUUUUCCUCGAUGUCCUUUUUCCCCUAGCGGUGGACAAAAUCAUUUUUGUUGAUGCUGACCAGAUUGUAAGACAUGACCUAAAAGAACUCCGAGAUUUUGAUCUGGAUGGAGCGCCCUACGGGUAUACCCCAUUUUGUGAUAGCCGCACUGAAAUGGAUGGGUAUCGUUUCUGGAAAAAGGGAUACUGGGCAUCACAUCUUUUAAGAAGGAAAUACCAUAUCAGUGCCUUGUAUGUAGUGGAUCUCAAGCAGUUCAGGAGAAUUGCAGCCGGUGACAGGCUCCGGGGCCAGUACCAAGCUCUCAGUCAAGAUCCAAACAGUCUGUCAAACCUAGAUCAGGAUCUUCCCAAUAAUAUGAUUUACCAAGUGGCCAUUAAGUCUCUUCCUCAAGACUGGCUGUGGUGUGAAACCUGGUGUGAUGAUGAAUCCAAACAGAGAGCCAAAACAAUCGAUCUGUGCAAUAAUCCCAAAACAAAAGAACCUAAGCUAAAAGCUGCUGCCAGGAUUGUCCCAGAAUGGGUGGAGUAUGACACUGAGAUACGACAACUGUUAGAACACCUAGAAAACAAGAAGAAAAAUGCAAUUUUGACACAUGAUGAACUCUAGCACUGGCUUAUGAAACACGACGAAAGUAUUUCAAGAAAUCUGCCACCUGCUGGGGAAGUGUGGAACUACUGCCAAGGCUUUUGGAAAUUUCAUUAAAGAUUAGUGACAUAUUCUUCAAUUUAAAUAAUAUUUAAAAAUACAUGCAGUUAAUGUAUUGAAUAAGUUUAAGUUAUAUAAAAAAUGGCCAUUGAGUAUUUAAAACUAGAUUAUUUCUUUUUCCUUAUUGCUUAAGACCCUGGGUUUUCACCCAUUAAAGUGAU